CACCUCCCUCACCAUCAGGGGACUUGUCUUCUCUAAAAACAGGAAGGAAUAGAGCAGGAGAGUCAGUGCAGCCGUUAGUCAACAUCCACUCUGACAAGAUGUGUACUGCAAAAUGUUCCAAAUGCAUCGCCUUUUCUCUGUAUCCGUUCGUGUUCAUCUCCAUCCUCUGUAACAUCGUGCUGUUCUUCCCCGCCGGGUCCGUCAAGUUCGCAAAAGAGGGCCACAUCACCGAGGAGGUGAAAUACAUGGGGGGGCUCCUCGGAGGAGGAAUCAUGGUGUUGAUCUCAUCGAUUUACAUCAACUUCACUGGAGAAAAUGGCUGCUGUGGGAAUCGUUUUGGGAUGUUCCUCUCCAUUGCCUUCGCUGCAGUGGGGGUGGCCGGCGCUCUGUACAGCUUCACUGUGGCGAUGGUCGGUCUGGGCAGUGGGCCCCUCUGCUACGCUGGGGGCAAAUGGACGACACCUUUCAAACACAGUAAUACCUCCUACCUGGCCGACUCUUCUUUGUGGGCAAAGUGUGAGGUGCCUAAGAACGUGGUGCAGUUCAACGUCGGGCUGUUCCUCACCCUGAUGGCCACCAGCUGUCUGCAGGGGCUGCUCUGCGCCGUGCAGAUGAUCAACGGCCUCGCUGGCUGCCUGUUUGGAGCCUGCAACGAGAAAAAGCUGAAUGAAGUCGCACAUUCAUCAUAAGCAAAGGCAAGGCAAGGAACCAUGAAUCAGGAGGAACUAAUACCACUUCUGAAGAUUUGAAUGGCGCCACCUACUGGAAUGCUGGGAGAAGUUCGCUUCGCUGGUUCUGCAUCAAACGCUGGCUUUGAAGUUACUGACACUCAACUCAAACUUUAUCCCAUAAUUGUUCCUCUUUUAGGCCCUAAUGAUCUUCCAACAGCAACUUCUCAUAAAUAAUUCUAAAUGCUAUAGCGUUAGCAUGUAUAGUUUGAAAAACAACAUAAUUCAGGAAGACGUAAAAAUCUAUUGUGCAUGCGUUUUUCCCUGGCCCUAAACUCCACCAUACUCUUGUCUACUGUAUUUGAUCCGACUUUAAAAACGUUAGCUUCAUUUAAUUAUCCUUUACAAUGUUGCACAGUAUUAAAAAUAACCAAUGCUAAUUAUAGUCAAGUUUUACUGUGUCAAGUAUAUCAUUUUAUUGUUGACUGCAAUAAACAGCAUGCAAUACGGUUA